UGCUAGAAUCCCUUUUUUAAGGAUCAAAAUGCAAUAGAGAACUCCCGAACCCCAGGCCGCCGGCGUCGGCCCUGCCUCCGGAACCGCGGUUGGGAUUUCGGUCACUUAGCCUUUAUACACCAUGGAAAAUGGGAAAAGCGUAAAUUGAAGAAGAAAGAGGAUGGGAGACGAUACAAUCGGCGAGAAUCCGAAUCAGGCGCGCCUCAUCAUCCCCGAUUUCCUCUCCCUUCAAGAGUGCAAGGAAUUGGAAUUCAUUCAUCGGAGCUGCUCCACCGUCGGUUACCGUCCCAACGUCUUCUCCACCACUCUGUCUCACCUCAUCGCCACCAAUUCUCCGCACCUCAUCAUCCCUUUCCUCUCCAUCCGUGACCGCCUGAAAGAAAAGGUGGAGGAGUUCUUCGGCUGCGAGUACGAGCUCUCCGUCGAGUUCACCGGUUUAAUUAGCUGGACGCGUGGUGCAAGCAUCGGCUGGCACACUGAUGACAACAGGCCUUACCUCAAACAGCGUCACUUCACUGCAGUCUGCUAUCUGAACACUUAUGGCCAGGAUUUCAAAGGUGGCCUUUUCCACUUCCGGGAUGGUCACCCGAAUACUGUCGUCCCAACUGCCGGGGCUGUUUCGAUUUAUACAGCUGAUGACCGCAAUGUUCAUUCGGUGGAUGAGCAGCCCCUGCAACUAGCAAGGAGUAAUGUGCUGUUUGAGCAAGAGUUCACCAAUGUGUUGCAUGCACUGCAGGCGGUACAAUUUUAUCUGUGGAAGGGGACAACACCAGAAGAUUCUGAGGGAGUUAGAAGGAGGAAAAUAAGUUUACUGUCUGAGUUGGAGCAGGGGAAGGUUGCUUCUAUGAAAUCCAUGUUUGUGAAGGAUAAUGAACUGGCGAAUAAGAUGUUUCGUGACGAUAAAUGCUGUCUGCAUGAAUUCGACUGGGCUGAGUUCGCUGUUUCUGUCGAUGAACUGGAACGCUAUUCUCGUAGACUACAGAAAGAGUUGGUAAUGAGCUUACCUCAUUGGAAAACCCAGCAAAUCAUAUAUAAAGCUACCUUGUAAUGGUCUCGAGUUCUAUGCCACUGCAGAAUCUGGUACUUCUUUUCCAUCUCCAUCUGGCAUGAGUAUCAGCCUGGUAUGUCGUUCAAGUAUUUAUGUUAUGUGUUAAGAUUAGCCAAUCAUUCGUUAAGAUUUGAAUAAGUUACCCUUACCAAUUGAUAACUACAAGACCAUGGGAUUAACCAGAGUACCAUAAAUGCCAUUGCUGAUUACAGUGACAAAGGUACAAUAGAAGGCGAGGAUCACGUAGUGAGAGAUACUCGAAUGAAUAUAAAAUCUCUGAAGUAGUAACAGUACUAGUGUGGUUUUGAUGCUACUAUAUUUGGGAGACCGACAAGUCCGACGUGCUCCAUUGAUGCAGGACUUCACCUUCGAUGCCAUAAUAAACAACACGAACUUCAUCCGACGAGAUCCGAAGCGUCAUGAACCCCUGGCCAUCGUAGUAGAACUUCAUCUCCUUGGGAUCCCACGAGCUGAUAUCACCCUUCCACGCUUUCGACCCUGCCCCACUGGUGAGAAACUGAAGCUUGGUCCAGCUGCUGCUGAUAUGCUCCAGGCAGUGGUCGUGCCCAUUCACGUACAGAUCCACAUCGUGUGCCUCCAAGAUGGGAAGCAGUUGAGCCUCCAGCUCCACGGUGUUGCCAUGGUAGCCUGCACUCUUGAUCGUGUGAUGCCCCACCACGAUCUUCCACCUCGCCUUCGACACCCUGAGAGCCGAGUCCAGGUCAGCCAUGAGGUUGGACAUGUAGGUAGCUCGGUCUGGAAUGAGGCCGCUCCAGUCGUAGACGUGGUCCUCCGGGUCGGUGAAGUACUUGUCGGAGAAGGGCGUGGUGUCGACGAAGAAGAACUCGGCCAGGUUGGUGUUGAGAAUGAAUGAUCUCAUGCAGAGCCAUCUGGGGUCCUUCUCUUGUAGGGCUGUGCUCAGCUGUGCUUCUACGUUGCCUCUGUAGUCGUGGUUCCCCAACACUGGAAGCAUUGCAUGGAGUUACUAGGUUAAAAAAAUGAUUUUACCUGGUCGAACUUUUUUACUGCUAUUAUGGGGGAUGAAAACAAACCGGGGAGGAGGGGUAAAUUAACUACCGUUGUACCACUGCUUCUGCAGGCUGGGUGCUGUGUAGAUGUCGGCAAAUGAAUGGUAAAAAUUGGGGUCGUCGACUCCUGUUAAUCCGUCGUCGUAGAAGUUAUCUCCCGUUGAUAUCACGAAGUCGAUUUUUGCUGCCUCUGCAAUUGCCCCCAUCUGAGUGGCAACUCGAGUUUGGUUGUAGGCUCCUUUCCUUCCCCAGUCGCCGACCACCAACACGGCCAGGGAUCCGCCGGCGGCGCCGUCCUUCACGGUGUCGUGCUCCAGACGCGGCAGCUCGGCCGUCGCGGCCACGAACCAUACGACGGACAGCAAAACGGCCACCGAAGCUACUCGUUGUUGUGGAUGGCGGGACAUGGUGACCAGCCAGAAGGAGAGAAAGUUAAAGGGAGAAAAGAGAUAAAAGUGGCCGGGGACGAAGGAAGGAAACGAAAUCCACUGAUUUAGGUGACAAACGGCGCCUAAUCUCACUUCUAUUUAUAUUUACACAAAGCACUAAGGGGUAGGGAGGAAAGUGACACUUUUGAAUCCACGUCGGAUCGAUUAAAGAAACCGAGUCCGGUGAUUUCUUCUCGUAAAUUAAAGUAAAAUGGGUUCGCGGUAAGGCCAACGAAGAACUAAUGGUGGAACUAUAUAUAUUAUAUUAUAUAGAGAUAAAAAAAGAA